AAGUAGAAAGGAACGACAGCUUCCUUCGAUUACAUCUCCCAAACACUAGUAGCAGUGAUCAGCGACUGGUCCUGAGGCCUGAGCGCUGAGCCAUAAUCAUAAUGGCUCCUACGGACCUCGAAGACGCAAUCGCUCAACAUAUCUUCGAUGAAACCCCCAUUCAUUUGAUCCACAUUGCGGAGAUGAAGCUCAUCGAUCGCGGUGCUGUUUUGCGUCACUUUCUCGCGGUUGUACGAGACGUGACAGAAGAAGACAUCCAGGCACAGUGCGCAGAGCUCCGUCUUUCCAGAGAAGAUGUUAUCGCCAACAUCGUGCGAAAACGUGUACGAUAUGCGAUCUUCUCCCACAGAUGGCUUGCUGGAGGAGAAGUGACUUAUCAAGAGAUGACGGGGAGCAUUCAGCCCCGCGGUCCUGGAUUCGAAAAAUUGCAGAGCUUUUGCGCAGCCGCGUCGAGAUAUGGAGUGGCUUUCGCUUGGUCGGAUACAUGCUGCAUCGACAAAACUAGUAGUUCUGAGCUCGACGAAUCGAUCCGAUCCAUGUUCAAGUGGUACCGCAACUCGUCGAUCUGCAUCGCAUAUCUCGCUCAAACCGUCAGAGUUGCUGAUUUGGAAAAGGAUCUAUGGUUCACCAGAGGUUGGACGCUACAAGAGCUUCUGGCCCCAAAGCGGUUGAAGUUCUUUGGAGCUGGAUGGUUGCCGUUGACCAUGCAGGAUAACGACAAGGCUGAUUAUCACGUUAUCAAGAUGAUAGAAAGAGUCACGUCUAUCUCUAGCCGCGAGCUCAGCGAGUUUAUCCCUGGCUCGCAUGAUGUCGCAAAACGCAUGACGUGGGCUUCCAACAGGAAGACCACGAGGGGGGAGGACAUGGCGUAUUCCCUCAUGGGAAUUUUCAACGUCGUCCUGCCCAUUGCUUAUGGAGAAGGGUCAGAACGAGCAUUCUUCAGGCUUGUCGAAGCAAUCAUCCAGACGUCGGACGAUCUGCGGAUUUUCAAUUGGGCAGGUCGUCCCGCCGUCACGAAUCAUCCUUCCCGAGCUCUUCCCUCGUCGCCAAGAUGCUACGUCGGACAGCCAUAUUGCUCUCCGAUUCGAAGAGAAUUUUCGCUGACGAACAGUGGGCUACGCAUCAAGCUAGUCAUCCUGCCAGCCGAGCUGACCUCGCGACUCGAUGUCCAUGUAUCCUUUCGCCAAGUCACAUUUCACAGUGAAAUAGACGGCGUGCCCAUAACGGAUGUCGCCGUAACAGGAAACUUCCUGUCUUAUGGGGACCAUGUACAGGAUGCUGCCGCGGAUGUUGAUAGCAUCGUCUCAGACUAUGCUCUUGGGGUCUGGAACUAUCUGGAGUCCCCAUCCGGAGAUGCCGAGCUUCCUCGUAAUUGCCUCGCCUUUGUAUUGAUGCGAACAGUAGAGCCAGUGCCUGUCAUGAGCAUUAACCACCACUGGUCCAAGAAUCCGUGGCGCAAAUAUUCGACUGGAAGCUUCGUCGAGUUUCGACCCGAAUUCUUCACUGAUUCUUCUGAGGCCCGCCUGCCCUUGAAACGAUUUGUGGAGCUUGUAUCGCUUUGAUUACUUUUGUGGUCGAGUGAUACUGUCACACCAUUCUUUGCACAACGUACCAUCUACCAGUAAUCAAACUUACAUCGAUGAUGAGUUGGGCUCGGCGCCCCUCGUGUAUGUGACUAGUUCGGACUCAAUAAACACUACCGAGAACUUACUAAUACCAGUUUGAGAUUGAGACUACCAAGUACUUACUUACAAUACUAAGUUAUUUCUUAACUCGCAUGACCGCAGCU